ACCUUGGCUCCAGUUCUGAUUUCUCAGGGGUGCGUGUUUGCUGCCGCCCACUCCAUCCUCGCGUCCCACGCCCUCGCGAUUCCUGCUCACGCUAGGGGCGCCAGCUUCGCUGGAGGACGCCCCGCUCUGCGGGUCCCCGACUCGGUUCUCGGUCCGGCUGCAGAUGCCACCCAGGUUUCGAGCGCUGAGGAGCAGAGAGGAAGGCCUGCCCGCUCGGGCCCCGCAGUCUCUGGCCUGCGGCUCCGCGCCGAGUGUGCUGGCGUGGCUGGGCGGGCACAGAGGCUUCCCCGCCCCGGGGCGGUGCCCUCGCGCGAGGCUGGUGGCUCCUCCCCUCCCGGCAGGGCCCAGCCGCCCUCGGAGCUCAGCGCCGCCGCCAUGUCUUCUGGUGCCAGCGCGAACGCCCUGCAGCGCCUUGUGGAGCAGCUCAAGCUGGAGGCCGCCGUGGAGAGGAUCAAGGUGCUGGCUCCGGGGACCCACGCUCCGGUGCCUCCGCCCGCGGGGCGGUGUCUCAGGCAGCUGCAGAGCUUCAGCAGUACUGUAUGCAGAACGCCUGCAAGGAUGCCCUGCUUGUGGGUGUUCCAGCUGGAAGUAACCCGUUCCGUGAGCCCAGAUCCUGUGCUUUACUCUGAAGACUCGAUGGAGUUUUGCUCUAUCACCCAGGCUGGAGUGCAGUGGCAUGAUCUUGGCUCACUGCAACCUCUGCCUCCCAGGUUCAAGCAAUUCUCCUGCCUCAGCCUCCCUAGUAGCUGGGAUUACAGUGGGAGAGAAGUUCCCUGAGGAGUGCCUUCAAGCACAAAGUGAUGAAUGACUGCCUUCAAGUCUCAAGAAAACACUUUUCCCUAGCCAAGUGGCUUUAAGAGAUAUUUCAGCCCUUUCCUGGGGCAUGGGCCUGUAGCCAAAAUCUCAGAAAUUCGUGAAUUUCUACUCAAGUAAGGAAACUGGGUGAAAGAAUAGAGUUUUAAAGAGUGAUAGCCUGGUUUUCUGUGGAAGUACUUUUAUACAUAAGACAAAAACCUUACCACCAAAUAUACCAAAACGCACCUCUUUCAUAAGUGAGUUGCUAAUGUUUCUAUACCUGGAAUAUCAUGUAUGUUUUAUUUACUGGAUGUUUACAUUUUAGGAAGGAGAAUAUUUUUGUUUAUUUAAAAAAUUGAAUACUUGUAAUUUGUUCCUGGUAGGUUUUUAUACCAUAAAAGAAUUGUUCUCUUCUCAUGAAUUUACAAUUCCUAAAUGAAGACAAAUAUGAAUUGCUGGAGGGGGAAGAAUAGGUUUUACUAAUCAACUGAUGUCUUGAUUUUUCUAAAUGGGAAGUUUGUUUUAUUUUUAACACUAAAUAUGGCAGCAGUUUCUUAGCAGACUUGUUUGGAAAAGUUAAUGUUGUGAUGUGCAUUAGGCUGUCCCAUUGUGUAUACAAAUGAAGCAGAUUUGAUCUUUGUAUUCUCAAGUUCCUCUGCUUUGUAGUUGUGGCUGUACUUACAGAAAUACAGGAUUUCAUAUGUUUAAAAAUGUUUAAAAUGUGACCCACAGAACAUUGUAAAUGGUUAAAAACUAACAUGAAAAUAUUACAACCUAAAAGAAUUCUUAAUGUCACAAAUGUUUUACUUUGAUGAUGUGCCUUUAAUUUGGGACACUUUUUUUUUUUUUUAGAAGGAUACAUUAUUUAUGUUUGUAACAGUCUUUGAAGAGCUUGGAAAUAAAAUUUCUGCUUAAUUAA